ACCUGCAAGCUGCCACCACAGAUCUGUAACCAUGACGGCAGAGGAGACGAUCAGCAUCAAGGAGGCGGAGGUGAUCAAGGUGAUGCUGGACUUCCUGAACUCCAGGAAGCUGCACAUCAGCAUGCUGGCCUUAGAGAAGGAGAGCGGCGUCAUUAAUGGACUCUACUCUGACGACAUGCUCUUCCUCAGGCAGCUCAUUCUGGACGGCCAGUGGGAGGAGGUGUUGCAGUUCAUUCAACCUCUAGAAGGAAUGGACAAGUUUGACAAGAAAAGGUUCCGCUACAUCAUCCUGAAGCAGAAGUUCCUGGAGGCUCUGUGUGUAAAUAACGCCAUGUCUGCUGCUGAAGACCCUCAGAAUCUGGAGCUCACCAUGCAGGCAGCAGUCAAGUGCCUCCACAGUCUGGAGGAGUUCUGUCCAUCCAAGGACGACUACAGCAAGCUGUGUCUCCUCCUCACCCUGCCGCGCCUCACCCACCACGCCGAGUUCAAAGACUGGAACCCGAGCACGGCGCGUGUCCAUUGCUUUGAGGAGGCCUGCGCCAUGGUGGCUGAGUUCAUCCCUGCGGACAGGAAGCUGAGCGAGGCAGGCUUCAGGGCGAGUGGAAACCGCCUCUUCCAGCUGCUCAUCAAAGGGAUCCUUUACGAAUGCUGUGUUGAGUUCUGUCAGAGUAAAGCAACUGGCGAGGAGAUCACAGAGGGCGAGGUGUUGCUCGGUGUGGAUUUGCUCUGCGGGAACGGCUGUGACGAACUGGACUUGUCGCUGCUCUCCUGGCUGCAGAAUGUCUCUCCGGGUGCCUUCUCUUGCGCCUUCGAGCAAAAAACCCUCAACAUCCACGUGGACCGCCUGGUGAAGCCCAGCAAGGCCGGUCACGCCGACCUCCUCACUCCUUUAAUCAACCGCCUGUCCCCGUGCUGCCCCACCUCGCCCUUCCGCCAGAGGCCUCAUUCAGCGGACACCUACAUGUCCAGGUCCCUCAAUCCGGCUUUGGAUGGCCUGUCCCACGGUCUGGCGGCCCAGGACAAGAGAGGCAUGGAGGCGAACAUGAAGUCUGCCCUCAGUCGGAGCUUGGUGGAGAAUAAUGUGCACCAGCAGGACGAUUCACCUGAAAAGAAGCACCCUCAAGGGCUGGAUGGACCCAACACCACACGCACGCCUCUGACCCCUGGAAAAGAUGGUGGCCCCCCCUCCAACACAGAAACAAAUGAGCGUGCUGAUUCCUCAGAGCACAUCCAGGAGUACUACAGGCAGCGUCUCCGUGUGCAGCAGCAUCUGGAGCAGAAGCAGCAGCAGAGACAGCUUUACCAGCAGAUGCUGCUGGAGGGAGGGGUGAAGCCACUGGACGGAGCCCAAAACAACCUCACAGAGACCUUCCUCAGCAGGUCCAUUCAGAAGUUGGAGGAGAUGAACGUGGGCAUUGACCACAGAGGAGACGAGGUGAUGACACAGUGGAACGGACUGCCAGGGAACACCAGCACGUCCAGUCCCAGAAGCGCCAACACCCGACACACCCCAGACACCGGGCCGCCGAGGGAUAAGCCAGGUGGAGGGGUCAGCAGCACGCCAUUAAGGACCGGGAGCCAGGGCUUGCCUUACCUUAACGAGUCCCCGGUUCCUGCCAGUCAGAGUGCUGAGAGGAUCAGAGCGUCGUGCCCCACAGUCCAAGAUGAUUCUGGCUGCUCGACAACACGUAACUCACAUGAGCCGGGGAAGUCCAAAUCACAGUUUGUUAAAGUGAACCAGCUGGAGGACACGCAGGCGGUGCGUGCAGUGGCCUUCCAUCCCUCUGGAGCACUGUACGCUGUCGGCUCCAAUUCGAAAACCCUGAGGGUCUGUGCCUACCCAGAAACACUGACACCCAGUGGUUCUGGUGCAGUGAAGCAGCCAGCAGUGCGCUUCAGGAGGAACAAACACCACAAGGGCUCAAUCUACUGUGUCGCCUGGAGCCACUGCGGACAACUGUUGGCUACUGGCUCCAAUGAUAAAUUCGUCAAAGUCCUGCCUUUCAAUGCAGACAGCUGCAACGCCACAGGCCCCGACCUGGAGUUCAGCAUGCACGAUGGCACCAUCAGGGACCUGGCCUUCAUGGAGGGCCCUGAGAGUGGAGGAUCCAUUUUGAUCAGUGCCGGAGCCGGAGACUGUAACAUCUACACAACAGACUGUCAGAGAGGGCAGGGUCUUCACGCCCUGAGUGGACACACUGGUCACAUUCUGACUCUGUACACGUGGGGAGGGUGGAUGAUCGCCUCAGGCUCUCAGGACAAGACAGUGCGGUUCUGGGACUUGCGGGUGCCAAGCUGUGUGAGGGUGGUGGGCACAACUCUGCAUGGCACAGGAAGUGCAGUUGCCUCUGUGGCAGUGGAUCCCAGCGGCCGCCUGCUGGCCACAGGUCAGGAGGACAGCACCUGCAUGUUGUAUGACAUCAAAGGAGGCCGCAUAGUCCAGACAUACCGCCCCCACGGCAGCGACAUCCGCUCAGUGCGCUUCUCACCUGGAGCCCAUCAUCUCCUCACCGGCUCUUACGACAACAAAAUCAUCAUCAGCGACCUUCAAGGUGACCUAACAAAGCCCCUCCCUCAGACAGUGGCAGGGGAGCACUGGGACAAGGUGAUCCAGUGUAGGUGGCACCCCCACGACCGAACCUUCCUCUCCUCCUCCGCAGAUCGAACUGUCGUCCUCUGGGCACCGGGCCCCUGAGCUGCUCACUGGAGGAACACUGGGUAACUACGGCAGCAGCAGCAGGAAGCACAAGAACACGAGCAUAGGAACCCUGACUGCUUCAGUGUGUCUGUGUGUGUGUGGGUGUGUGUUUGUGCGCAUACAUACUGUGAGCGGCACGCUAUUUAUAAGCCGCUCCAUUAGAGUUAACUGUGUGUGUGCUGUGUGUGCAUAUGUGUGUGUGUGUGUGUCUAACUUGUGACAGAUGUUUUUGAGGUGGAAAAUCUAGUCACUUUGAAAAUAGUCAUUGUAUAUGUCUCUGUGAGUGUGUGUCAGUGUGUGUGUGUGCAAGCAAACGCAACAUUCUGACAAUGUGUGUGUAAUUAAAAGUAAAGCAAAAUAAAGGGAAACUAAUCAGAACAUUUUGCUGCUUUAAAAAGAGGAAACAUGGAAAUUAGCGUUAAUAUUUCUAUUCAGAAUUCAUGUGAGGCUCUGCCUGUUUAAGGUGUGUGUGUGUGUGUGUGUGUGUUUGCUUAACACCUUUUAGCUUUUGUAAAUAAAGCAGAAAGAUUAACCUUUUCGGAUUUACUUAAAGAUUUACUUGGCAAAUACGUAGUUCGAUAUAGAGAUGACUAAUGCCUGUAUUGAAGGGUUGAGUAAGUUCACUGCAAGCACACCUUCAAGUUAGUUUUUUUCUCACGAUGCCAAACUACAUUUAAAUCAGCUGUAGUCAGAACUUGUCAGAAACAUGAAGGUCACUUUCAAAGGUAAAUAGAGUUUGGUGCAACAUAAAGAAGUUGCUGUCGCUAUAGUUUCUAUAGGAAGCAGUGAGCCACAUUUGGUUAUGCAUAUCAUAAUGUGCCUUUUUGUAACAUUUGUAGAGAUUUUUUGGAUGUGUGGAUUGAUUGAGAGAUUUAUUUAUUUAGUUAUUUGCAGCAUUAUUUUGAUGUUUUCUCAUAUGCCCUGGCAUCUGUACAUUUUUGUAAUGUCACUGUAAUGCGAAAAAUGAUCAUCCACUGGCAUUUUUGCGCACUUGUAUUCCCAAAGUGUUUUUCCCUACAUCUGUUACUAUUAAAAAAGAGAGAGUAACUGGCGUUGUACCACAGAAGCCCUGAGAGGCAAAGAGGGGAAAAAAAUCAAUUCAUUUUCCAUGGUGGGAAUGUGGAAGGCGGGGUACACGCUGGACAGGUCGCCAGACUAUCACAGGGCUGACACAUAGAGACAGACAACCAUUCACACUCACAUUCACACCUACGGACAAUUUAGAGUCACCAAUUAACCUGCAUGUCUUUGGACUGUGGGAGGAAGCUGGAGUACCCAGAGAAAACCCAUGCUGACACAGGGAGAACAUGCAAACUCUGCUCAGAAGGGCUCCCUCAUCCUGGGUUCGACCCAGGAACCCUCUUGCUGUGAGGCAGCAAUGCUAACCACUGCACUACCAUGCCAAUUUCUAAGUUUGUUUAUGACUUGAAAAGGUGGGGGAAAAGGUUUGCCAGGAUAAAAAAAAAGUUCCUUUUUUUUUUCGUCUGUGAAACUGGUAAAAAAAAAAAAAAAAGUGUUUGUAGUUGUGUUCAAGUUGUAUUCUGUUCAUUGUUGUAGUACUCAUUUUGGCCACAAGAGGCUGGAGUGCACCAUAACCCCGUGUACUAAACAGGACUAAAAGCAUUCACAUUUUCUGUCAGGUGGGUGCACUUUAAACGCAAGGUGUAUAUAUUGUGUGUUAGCAAGUUACGUAUCAUUACUGUUAUGUCCGUUACCCGGAAGAAACCAUUAAUGCUUCUAGUUCUGUUAAGAACAUGGGGUAGUGGUGCCCUGCUGCCUCCUGUGUAUGUUUUUUCCACCUGUUUCACAGAUUAAGAAGCUUCCAAAAAAUCCAUUCAGCAUUCUCUGUAACCGCUUAUCCUGUCAGGGGUCGCAGGGAUCUGGAGUCUGUUCCAGCUAACAUUGGACGAGAGGCGGGGUACACCCUGGACAGGUCGCCAGACUAUCACAGGGCUGACACAUAGAGAUAGACAGCCAUUCACACUCACAUUCACACCUACGGACAAUUUAAAGUCACCAAUUAACCUGCAUGUCUUUGGACUGUGGGAGGAAGCCGGAGUACCCUAAGAAAAAUUACGAAAAAAUGAUCCUGGCAAAUUCUUUUUUUUAGAAAUUAGGUGUUCAGCUGUUGCCACCAAAACAUAGACCUUUAAAUACAAAGACAAAAUGGUAGCAGGAUAAAGACGAGGCACUUUAAAGACAGGAAUGCUGCAGGACUGCACAAUGUGAAAUGACAAAUCUAGUCACAUCUUCAACUGAAACAAAGACGACUCUAAUUUUAUCUUCGCUUUCACUAAGUAGCUAUGCAGACACCUGAUGGAUGUGACAGAGACGAGGGUAUUAAUGCAUCAUAUGUUACCUUACGUAGUGGCUUACAGUGGCUGUGUGGUUUUAGACAAUGUUUGUGCACACUGUGUAAUGAUGGAACUGCCACGGGGUCAACGGGGUUCAAACUGUUAAAGUAAUCAAAUAGUGGCUGUGUAAUGUUCUUGCUUUUGAAUAAAAAUGAAUAAAAGGUAUUUUUAUGUUACUCUUUGGAGCUGUAAGUUAAGUGAUGAAAUAAAGACUGAAAGUUUCAUCACACUGCUUG